CCGGAAAAAAUCCGGGUCCGUUCCAAUUACAUAGACCCGGCUGUUAUGGAAACGGACGUCACAGUGAUCGCCUGCUUUGGUUUAUAACAUGGAAAUUGGCAAAAUUGAUUUAUCUCUAAUACAUGAAUCAUAUUUUUAACUAAUUUUGACGUUUUAAUCACAUGUUUUAAUAAGUGAUUAUGAUGUUAAACCAUAUUCAUUAAUUGUUUUUCAUAUUUAUAUUGGGAAUUAAUGUGCCUAUGAAUUGUGACGAAUAACUUAGUAUCAUGUUGAACUUGCGAGCAAAAAUAUAUAAAUGGUGAUAACGACCAUUCCGUUCUACUAUUUCUUUGGAUUUGACAGUAAAAUGCUUUGAAUAUUUAAGUCACACUACAAAUGUGGUGGAGUAGCAAAGAGUUUUUGAAAACAGUCGAAUAUGUCUCAAAAAAGUCGAUAAUUUUUUUUCGAUAUCAGAAACUAAUACUCGUUGCUGAUAUAUCGAGAUUAUAUAUUUCAACAUCCCCAAUUACAACCAAAAGUGACGAAGGUGCAAAAUUAAUUGGAAGAGAAAUAAUAGUUAAUUUAUAGUAAGAUGGCAAUGGUCAUUGGAAAAAAUAUAACGUUAGGAGUUUGCAUCAUUGUUGGUUUAAUCUUGGUGGGGAAUAUAAACUUUGGCGUAGAUGCAGCAGAAAAAGAGAUACCCGCAACAAAAUUUGGACAAAAUGUUGGAGGCCCCACAAUGACAUUUUUAUAUUGUUACUCGUGUGGUUAUCGCAAAGCUUUUGAGGAUUAUGUUAACAUUUUGUCAGAAAGGUAUCCGCAAAUUACGGUAACCGGUGGCAAUUAUGAUCCGCCCGGCUUCAACAUGUACCUUUCGCGAAUUAUAUUUGCGGCAAAAAUCCUCUUCAUCGUAGUGAUUGUUUCAUCGUUUGAUGUUUUCGGUGUAUUUGGCCAACAAAUACCGAGCUGGUGGCAGCAUUUACUUGAUAAUAAAUUGUACGCCUGCAUGAUGGUAUUUUUCGUAGGGAAUAUGCUUGAGGGACAGCUUGUGGCAUCUGGAGCAUUCGAAAUCUCCCUCAAUGAUGUGCCGGUAUGGUCUAAAUUGCAGACAGGACGUAUCCCUGCGCCUCAAGAACUCUUUCAGAUUAUAGACAAUCAACUACAAUUCACAGAAACAAUUCAAGAGAAUCCAGACUUUGUUAAAUAAUAAUUAGACCAUGCCUCCACGCAACACAUACGAACUUAGCUCAACUUUGUGAGUAACUAGGAAACCGAAAAUGGAGUAUUUUAAGUAUGUUUCUAUAUUUAGAUUUGAUUGUGCGAAGAGUUUAAGUUAGUUUUGCAGAAUUUAUAAAAAUAGAGCUGUUGGUAAAUUAGUAUUGACUGGUGGGGGAUUGUUAAAUACCAUAAGCAAAUAUUUACAUUGAAGUCAUACCCAAAACGAGUUGGUUUAAUUUAAGUUUAGAUGUCUAUAUGUUUGCUUUUAAGUUCAACAAUGUACUUGUCAUUCUGCAGUUAAUUUGAUAUAUCCAGAUUUUUGGCCGUUGUGAAGUGUCAACAAAAUUUGCAAAUACCUAUUUAAAUAAACUAUAAAUAAAAAAAAACUUAUUUGUUAAAUAGUAUUUCAGCA